AUGAACCGUACGUCUGCUGGACGACCGGCAAAACGAGUGCGCCAGGCAUGUGAGCCGUGCAGGCGCAAGAAGGCAAAGUGUCCAGGAGAGCAGCCAGUUUGCUCACUGUGUGCACGGCUACAGCAGCAAUGCACAUAUGCUGAUGAAGGAAGAAGAUCGCUAACAAAUGGAACCGGGUCUGGAGACCCAAUCCCUGUGUCGACUACUCCAGAGAUAAGGGUCUCCCAGGCUUUGACAACAACGUCAUUUAUGCCACCCACCCUUGGUGGCUCCGUAACAUCAUCCCUAUCACUGAGCCAGCUCACGCCUCUUCCGACGUGGGAGAAUGUCCUUGCUAUUGCAGAGUUGUACAUGCUAUACUGCGACUCGCAGCCUCUUCCUCUGUUUCAUAGGGACAGUUUUCUCAGUAGCCUCGGAAAUCGUGACCCGGAGGUUAUUUACGCCAUUCUUGCCUUGAGUGUCCGAUUUUCUGAGGAUCAAUAUCGCGACGCCAAUGAUCUGGCCGCUCGCACCAGCGGUUAUACAGAAGUGGCCCGCAGCUUAGUGAUGAGACGGGUAUCAGAAGGACCGGUUGAGCUAUCAACCUUACAGUGUCUAUGUCUUCUAAGCCUAGUGGAUUUCACGAAUGGAAAUACUCAUCGAUCAAGUAUCCACAGCAGCCUAGCUAUGAACUUAGCAAAGUGUGCGAACCUCGCGUCGGAGUCUCAUGCUGUACUCUCGCCGGUGGCGCGAGAAGAGCGCAGGCGAUGCUUUUGGAGCAUCUGCCUGCUCAAGCGUCUUCAUGGAAUGGAAUUUGACUAUCUGGAUCUCCCAGAUGGCAGUUUCCCACCUUACCCAGAGAGUCCUAGCAUGCCGCAGUCUCGUUCACCGAACGACAUGACCGAUGGAGCUCGGACUACUGAUCUUAAGGAUCAAGGUAUAGUAGCCUAUGUGAUCAUGCUCAGUGAAGUAUUUGCGAAGACUGCUAGAUAUGUUCGCCGCCACGGGAAGCCAACCAACGUACCACCGUGGUCUUCGCAGUCAGAAUACUCCAAGAUAAUCACACUUCAGAUGGACCUAGAAACGUUUGUGCCAUAUAUCCAUCGAUUUAAGCCCGCUAGCUUAUCUGAAAGGACACUCGAGGAUCUCCAAGCAAACCGAAAUUACUGGGGUCCAUUCUUCCUCAAUCAGUGUCUGUAUCAUACCAUCUUAUGUCUCCUCAACCAUCCACUUCUACUUUCGCUGAGCCUCAGAAAUUUCCGAAGCACUAUCCCCGAGAUAUUCCUGCAGCAUACCUCUGACUUAAUAUCAACACAUACCACCUGGAUAAUACACUUCAUAAAGUAUUUUGAAGAGAAGUCGUUCAUGGUUUCAGAUCCGUUCCUAGGGUAUAGCGCCGCGGUCGUGGCUACAAUUGAAUUACAGCUGAGCUUCACCGAAAACUCCACAAUUCGUCAAGAGAAGCGUGACCGGUUCCUCAAAUGUGUCAGCUUUGUACAGAAGCUGGGGGAGAAAUGGCCGUAUAUGGCCCGAUUGGCCGACAGAUUACAACGUCUGGAAGAUGCUGUCUCUGCUUCCUACCAGCCCGAGUCCGGAGCUCAAAAUAAGAGUCUACUGAUAGAUCUCUCUCGAUUCUGGGAAAUUCUUGAAUACUCUUCAAACAGCGAUUCGGACUCUGCCAGACGCAUGUUCGGCGACUCUUUGUACUCGGAGCCUCCCACCUUUGCUGGAGAAGUAUCUCAAACGUCUCCCCUACCCGAACCAUUUCGACUCGGUCCCCAACAGGGACUUUCACCAUCCCCAAUGCCACAGUAUGGUCUUCAAACUCCGUUCCCUGCAGGCCCGCCGUACGCUAUCGAACCGGGAAACUCACCGCGGCCUGAUGUGCUAGACGAUGAAUUCUCAAUUCUUGCUGCAAACUUCUUUUCUCAAGGACAGGAGUUCUUACGAACCUGUGACAAUAGGGCGGGGAUCGGAAACUUUUGA